AUGAGCACUUCAAGAUUAUCACUUUUCUUCUUCUAUGCCAUUCUCAUAAUCCUUGUUAAUCCCACCAUUAAUGCGCAGAGAGAUCCCUACGUGCUUCAUGAGUGUUCAACUACUGGUAACGUUACUAGUAACGGUACCCUUAGAGAAAACCUUAAUACCCUCAUUUCCACUCUUUCAUCCAACACCCAAAUCGAUUAUGGGUUCUACAAUUUCACUGCCGGAGAGGGCACCAACAGAGUUUACGCCACUGGGCUUUGUAGAGCUGAUCUUUCACCAACUGAUUGCCGUAGUUGUGUCAACAUGUCAGCUCACGAGCUCUUACAGUUGUGUCCAACACAGAAAGAGGGUGUCAUGUGGUACAUGAAUUGUGCAGCUCGAUACUCAAACAACUCGAUAUUUGGUGUUAUGGAAACUAAACCUACUCGAGCUCUUACAAGCGAUAAUGUCACGAACUUGGCUGAGUUCAACGCGGUGUUAGAACCCUUAUUUUAUGACCUGAGAGUUAGAGCUUCAGCUGGAGCUAUUUUUCGCAAGAUUGCAGUUGGAACUGCGUACUAUAAAAGUGACAACUAUACGAUCUAUGGGCUUAUGCAGUGUAGUCCUGAUUUGUUAGAAAUGGAUUGUAGUAAUUGCUUAGUUGUUGCUCAAAACUAUAUUCAAGGUUGCUGUAGUGGAAACAGUGGACUCACAAUUCUUGCACCAAGCUGUAAUUUAAGUAUAGAGACCGACCAAUUCUAUGACAGCACUCUUGUUCAAUCUCCACCGUCAUUAUCUCCUCCUUCUCCUCUUCCUCCUCCGCCUACAAAAGAUGUUACAAUUGAAGAUAAUUUAAACAAUAUGGAUAAGAGAAAUUCUUAG